AUCACUGAAAAGUAGAUUUGUGUGGCUGUGUACUUUGUGUAUUUUCAGUGUAGUAGCCCAUCAUGUAAUAGGAUGGUUGGGACCGGGCAGGACCUCAGUUGGCAAGGAGCCACUGGUGGAUCGUCAUGUUGCCGAGCGGUGUGCACAACGUGAGCCUCGUUUACGCCCUGGUCUGGGCCAUCGAUAAUUUUUACGGAAGGGGCAGCAGCACUCCACUGGCGGUGGUCCAAUUCGCCACCAGUGCGGAGAAUCGUGGCCUCCACAACGACCUGAUCGAUGAGGCCCUGGUCCGAUCCUCGGGCACGGGCCGAAUCCAAUUCGUGCUGGAGGACGAGCACGUGGAGAGCACGGGAAACAAUAAGGACCUGCCACCGCCGAGUGGAGUGACGGGCAGACCAAUGGCCAUUUGGUUCCUGGACAGCCUGCUAUCGUACUUCCGACUGGAGAUGUACCUCAGUCAGCCGGGCAGUUCGUACAAACGGAACGGCUACUUUGUGGUGGUCUAUACGGGGAAGGAGGAUCGACCCAUGAACGCGGUGCAGAUCAUGUUCCGGCGACUGCUCAACAUGUAUGUGCUGAACGUGAAUGUGUUCCUCCACCGAGAGGGCACGGUCCAGCUGUACACCUACUAUCCCUAUGGACCGCAUCGCUGUCAGUCCUCGCUGCCGGUGUACUAUACCGCCUUUCAAAACAUGCCACCGCCGGCGACGGGACUCGGACUCAACAAGCCGCUCUUCCCCAGCAAACUGGCCAAUAUGCAUGGCUGCCCUCUGGUGGUGGUCACCUUCGAGCAACGGCCCUUUGUGUUCAUCGAGGAUGAUGUGAGGGUCAAGGGGGGCAGGAUUAUGGGCGGCAUCGAGGGCAUGAUCUUCCGCAGCCUCGCCGAACGGAUGAACUUCACCUUUGAAUUGGUGGAGCGGCAGGACAAGGACCGCGGCCAAAUCCUGCCAGAUGGAAAUUUCACGGGCAUUCUCAAAAUGAUGGUCGAUGGCGAGGCAAAUGUGACGUUCGUGUGCUUCAUGUACAACAAGGCCCGUUCGGAGCUGAUGCUGCCCAGCAUAUCCUACAUAAGUUUUCCAAUUCUGCUGAUAGUUCCGGGCGGUGGAUCGAUGACGCCCAUGCAGCGACUGACCCGCCCCUUUCGCCACAUCAUCUGGUCGUGCGUGGUGGUCAGCCUGUUCCUGGGCCUCGCGCUCAUCGCCCUGCUGAGGAUGCGUGCGGUGCCGGGACGACUGCGAAACUUGGUGCUGGGCAGGCACAACCGAUGGCCAUGCCUGGACAUGUGGAACAUCCUGGUGGGCGGCCUGGCGCUCUUCAGUCCCCGCAGGAACUUUGCCCGUUACCUGCUGCUUCUGUGGCUGCUGCAAACCCUGGUCCUUCGGGCUGCUUACUCGGGUCAGUUGUUCCUGCUGCUGCAGGAUUUGGAGGUUCGUUCCCCGCUGAGGUCUGUCUCCGAGGUGCUAGCCCAGGGCUACGAGUUCCACAUGCUGCCCGCCCUGCAGACCGUCUUCCGCGACUCGAUGCCCAGCAGCCAUGUGCGGGUGAUCCCCACGCUCGAGGACGCACUGUACCGCAUGCGGGACGAGGACGAUCCGGGCAUAGCGGUGCCGGUGCUGCAGCCCACGGUCUUCCAGUUCGACUACCGCUCUGGGCCAAAUGCCAGGCACCUGACCACCCUGCCCGUGCCCCUGAUGACCGUCCCCAUGACCAUCUACAUGCGACCCCAUUCCUACCUGAAGAAGCGCUUCGAUCGCCUGCUGAUGGCCAUGAUGUCCUCGGGCAUUGUCUACCGCUAUCGCCGCAUGUAUCUGGACAGGAUCGAGAGGCUGGCCAAGAAGCGUAACGUGGAGCCAAGAGCUCUGACCCUCUGGCGACUGGGCGGGAUCUUUCUCUGCUGUGGCAUGCUGCAGCUGCUUGCCAUCCUCGUCUUUGUCCUGGAGAUGUUUAGCAGGAGACAUCCGCGACUGCGCAGGACCUUAAACGCAAUCAAUCGAUUCACGGCAUAAGCUAGUUUUCAAAGUAAUACAUAAACUUAAUUGUUGAAUAUACCCACAGAA